AUGGGCGGCCGGAAGCCUACUCGAGAGGAUAGCACGUUUCAGAGCGGCAUUGCGUCCGACUCGCCUCCAUCCCACUACGACGUCCCUCCUUCGGCUUCGGCGAUGCAACCCUUAUCCAUUCAGAGCCCGGGGGGUACUUCCAGCACUUUUGAAGUUCACGUGACUUCAGGACCUUUUACGACGCGGGCAGGGGAGGAUGAAAGCGGCUUGUUCGCCUUUCACGAUUAUACAUCAGGGGUCAAGGGGGGUAAAAGUAAUGAUAACUCUGCCAAGAGUCAUACGGACGGGAAGCCGUCGAAGAGUCAUGGAAAUCAGAAUCAUGGUGUGAACCGAACAGUCGCCGUCGCGGCCACACAGGGCAGGGAAACAUCACCCUUUUCACACAGAGGUGGAAGCGACAGCGCUCGCACGACUCACACUCCAGAAAACAACUCUGAUGACGAGAGCCUCACAUCCAGUGGCCAACGCCGGCAAGAGCAACUGGGUUUGCUUGGGAAGAGCUCCCGGGCUGUCACUCGCUUGUGGAGGCCCUUUGGGCGUGUCCACCACAUUGUGGGAGACGAGGAGGAAAUGAGCCGACACCCGUCCCUCAUGCACCGAGCACCGACGGCUCGUGUGACCCGCUUCUUCCUCUGGCGGAAAUGGACGAUCAUCGUGAUUAUUUUGCAGAUGUACGUCCAAGUAGGUGUCGACAUUCGAAAUUUCAGCAUCUUCAUGCAAGACCCUUAUGAGUCUCUUUGCCCCUGCCGGGACGCUGUCAAGGCACGAGAAGCCGCAGAAGCUGAAGCCACACGGGCAAGCAGAGCAAACCUUGCCACUCGUUCUGCGCUGGGGGUGGCCACUCUAAUGGCUGCCGUCCGAGGCUCUCCCUUGUCCGCGGCGCGCUAUGCGGCCCAGGCGCAGCAAUACCAUACGGACGCAGACAGGAGGGUGGAGGUUCCAUCCUGGGAUGAUAUGCAGUCUACUCUGCAGCAACAAGGUGUAGGGGUAAAUGAGAACGUAGGGCCUUCCCUGGAGGUGUGGCGGGACGUGUUGCUCCAGCCUGACGGCAGCCUCCUGUCUCCAGAGGAGGCCUACAACCAGGCUAUCGCCCAUGGCAUGUUGCCGUCUGAAGACACCGCCCAGCGGCUCCAGAAACUGUAUGUUUCCCUCCAAAAAAGCGAGAAAGAGGAAGAAAAGCAAGGAGGUCGGCGCUUGCAGGCACAAGCGCCACGGCCUGGGACCCCACCGGGGCGAGAAGACGCAUCCCACCAGGUCCAGGAGACUCCCUCCCUACCUUCUUCAAAUGACUCAGGAGACACAACGGCCGGGACCGAUGAAUUUGGGCCCAUUGGCUCUGACCAAGACCUGAACCCCAAUUGCGAUAUUUGCGACAGCGUGGCCACCGUGGCGCGGACGGGUAUGCUCCCCGCUUGCUACAAAUACCACGCUUCGCCCGGUUUCAACCAGGUCGUGGACGCCGGUGAGAACGACGCGAAAAUCGGGCUGUUAGCUUUCCGAACAGUCAACUCCACGAGGCCAAUUUCCCUCAUUUACCAAUGCAACGGGACCGACGUGGGGAAAAAAAGCACCACCUGCUUUCAAGACUCAAAGUUGUUGCUCAAACGCGACUGCACGAUAGGGUUCGACGCUUCCGAGUACGUCACGGUCGAGAUGAGUGCCGUCCUGGCGCGGCUCACCUAUGCCCCCAGCCUGACCAUGCGGUGGGCCGACUGUGAUCCGGACACCCACGUCCAGACCCGGGAGAAAGUCUGCCUGUCCAAUGGAAAGAUGGUGGCGCUCGGCUACUGCGAAGCUGCCGGCUUGGAACCUCCAGUGAUCGAGCGUGAAUGCUGCUUGGGGUCGGAGGACAUUUUUGACACGGUGUACAACCAAGAUUACAACAAUUUACUCAUUUUUUUCGACGUGGUGGCCCUGGUCGUCUCCUUUUCCCGCCUGAUCGCCACGCACCUCGCCCUGUAUUUCAUCGACUCCCACAAAAUGUCCGCAAUCUUCGUCGUGUGGGCGUGGGCUGUGCCUUUUCUGGGCGCAUUCAUCAAGUACUCUUACCCUUUAAAUGGCUUCGUCUCCGAGUCGGGCCGGGACGGGGCGAUAGAAUUCAUGGCCUCCCUGACGGGCUCCGAGUACGUGAACAACAAAGGCUUGACGCAGGCGAUGGCCGAGGCCAUGUCCCGGUCUGGAGGGUACGACCCCAUCUUGCUCUACCUCAUGAACCUGGUCGACGCGCUCCGGAGCUACGCUGUGUAUGGACAGGCAUUUGUGGUGGUAACCAUUGAGUUUUAUUACCGCUUCUUGUACGCCUUGAUGGUGCUGGGAGAAUUGGGUCCUCUGGCCAUCAGUGUCCUGCCUGGCUUCCGCUCUGCGGCAGUUGUGCUCAAGACACUGCUGCCGGAAUCUGCCACGUUGGGGUGGUUGGUAAGCGUCGGACCGAUGGUUUAUAUGCCGUUCCUCGCCUGCGCGCUGAUCAUGUUCAUCCAAGUCUUCUCGGACUACUGGUUCACGCUCUCCUCCCUCUCCUAUUCCCUGAGCAAUCUGGUCAUGAUCGUCUUUUUUUGGCGAAACUCUGGAAUUUACAUCGAUCCGGUCUCCUUCCGGAAGCAAUUGAUCCGACAAGAUAUGAUCCGAAACGUGCUACUCGCGGCUUCAUUCGCCUUCGCCAUGGUAUUCAUGGUGGAAAGUUCCCGGCGGGAAAGUCAGGGGGCCGGGAGCACAAUGCGGACGAUCGGUCCGGCUGGCUUUUUGAGCUUUGUCGUGCGCUGCGUCUUGAACUUUCAACUGGCGAGCGUCUUCAGUGCAGACGUGGUAUUGUAUCUGCUUCGCCGCCUCCAACGUCAGGCUCGGCAAGACCGCUCUAGCAACAUGGAGUACGAACGUGCCUUGAAAGAAUUUUGGGUCCUGGACGAGCUUAAAGAUUUGGAGUUGGAAAUGCGGGGCGACAGCAUUGAUAUCAGCGCAAGCGCCAGUGCCGCCGUGGCCGAAUUGGACCGAGAGGGAAAACAAGACAAGCCCGGACAGGAAAAAAAACGACGGCCAGGACGGGAGGGUGAGAAGGUAUCGUCUGGAGGGGAGGAAGAAAGAGAGCCAACGACGCCUUUGAAUGGGUGGGUGGCUGCUGUGGUGGAAAUGGAUGGAGGUGGAGGGAGAGGAGCCAAAGGAAGGGAGAAAGGGAAGGUGGAGAAGCGAAACGCAAGCACACGACCUUCCUCGGUCCACUUUUCGUCGUCCUCGCCGAACGGACUUGGGGCCUAUAGCGACUGCAGCAGUCCUGAGAGCCCAGAAAAAUUAGAGACAGGCACAACACCGCUGCGAGGAAAACGCGCGUAG